AUGAGGACGCACUUCUCGCUAGGACCCUUCAUUGGAGUCUUCCUAACUCUCGCCUUUGCGACCCUCGCUGCAAAGGGACACACGGUCAUCGUCUACCCGGGAUGGAGAGAGAACAACCUGCACAGCAACGGCACCGUGGACGAAACCAACGGCGCCGGCGUGGCCAUCAGAUCAAACACCUCUGAGCUGCUAUAUCCAUACGGCAUGCAAUGGAUCUACCCAUGCGGCGGCACAGUAACCAGCACGAACCGAACAAAAUGGCCCAUCAAUGGCGGUGCCAUCUCCUUCCAGCCAGGAUGGUUCCCAGGCCACAAGACCGCGCUCAUCUACAUCAACCUGGGCAUGGGCACUACUCCCCUCAACAUGAGUCUGCCCAUGGUCCCGCCCUUCCAGAUAACCGGUCCAACCGUUGCCCCGUACCCAGGCACCUUUUGCCUCCCCCAGGUUCCCGACGAUGGCUCGAGGGCGGGUUCAAAAAAGAGACAUCCCAAAGUCAGCUUUGAGGACGAGACAGAAGUCAUCGGCCAUGGCAUCAGUCCUCCUACCUCUCCAGAAUCUCUAACAUCUCAAAGUCCAAGGGCACAUACACCUCGGUCGUGGAGCGACAGUAUCAUUCAAUCAAAGUUCGGCGACGACGAUUCGAACGACUUUGAGCAGUUCUUCACUCCACGACCCGCCCUACCGUCAUUCGGCAGCAUUCGGGGUCGCAAGCCAUCGAGAUCACAGGAUGUUGAGGAUGACUCGAAUCCAGCAUUGGAAAUAUCUUCUUCCUCUGCCGACCAUGCAAUCGGUGGGAUCCUUUCUACUGCUGGUGGGAGAGAUCAGAGCAAACAUGAUGCAAACGCUAAUCUACAGCUGCCGCCUGAAGUGACAUCACUGGAGAGCACCGGCUACAGCUCACUAUCAGACGACACUUCCAGCGAUGAAGGGCCAGAGCUACAGUAUCUCCCAGCACAUCUCGAUAGUAAGAAGGAUGAUACCCCAGCGUCAAAGGAUACACCCAGCCAAGCCAACGGAACUUCACAACCUCGCCAAAUAAAGGCGGAAAAUCACCUGAAGCCGACUCCCGCGAUAUUCAUCCAGCCCGCUACACCAGGUAUGGAAGAGGUCACGCACUCUAAAAGGCCAUCCUCUGAGAUACCCAACAAUGAACACACGCAAGGAGUUUACUCGUAUUUCUCGGCAAAUGAUAAAAAGCCUCUGGCUCGUAAGGAGGAAGAUGAUGACUCUAACUCUGAUUCGGGGAAUAGUGUCUAUAGUGAUGCCUAUGAAGAUCUCUCGGACAUGGAGGGCGAUGGGUUUGGUUCUAUUGAUGCGAUAGUCGAUAGAUCAGUACCUCCAUCGCCAUCAACCACCGCCAGACUUCUACUUUAA